ACACUUCCUCUUUAAACGGGGGACUCUGAGGCUCUCCUCCUCCGCCUCCAUGUCCACCUCACUGUCUGACAGCCUCACCUCCCUGACGACUGUCUCCCUUUCUUCUUCUGACUCUCCUUUGUCCUCUUCUUCACCUUCUUGGGCCACCUCAGCCCCAGCCCCACCCUCUUCUCUCCUCUCUUCCUCACCCUGCUGUCCUGUGACCGUUUCUCCCUCGUCUCUCCUCUCCUCCUCAACCUCUUGUUCUGCACCAGCCCCUCCCUCCUCUCUCCCCUCCUCCUCUUCCAUCUCCUCACCCUCACCCUGCUGUCCUGUGACCGUUUCUCCCUCGUCUCUCCUCUCCUCCUCAUCUUCUUGGUCUACACCAGCCCCUCCCUCCUCUCUCCCCUCCUCCUCUUCCAUCUCCUCACCCUCACCCUGCUGGCCUGUGACCGUCUCCCCCUCUCCUUCCUCACCUUGCUGGACUGGACCAGUGCCCCCCUCCUCUUCCUCCUCCACAACCUGCUGGGCACCCCCCAUCUCUGCCUGCUCUCCCUCUUCAUCCUGCUGGGAGCCUCCAGUUCCUGCCUGCUCUCCCUCCUCCCCCCUCUGGGUACCUGCAGUCCCUGGUUGCUCCCCCUCCCUCCCCUGCUGUGCACCCCCCGUGCCCUCCGCCCCCCCCUGGCUCCGCCCCCGAGGAGCCGCCCUGCUGGUGUUCUGCUCAGCAGCUCUCCACCGGUGGCAGUCCCUGGCUCUGUGCCCCUCUCCCCACAGAUGAAGCACCUCCCGUUCCCUGAGGAGAUGUAGAUGGGGUAGUUGUGCCCGGCCACCCUGAUGAACACCCGGAGGCGGAGCUCUCCACCCUGAUGAACACCCGGAGGCGGAGCUCUCCACCCUGAUGAACACCCGGAGGCGGAGCUCUCCACCCUGAUGAACACCCGGAGGCAGAGCUCUUCUCCCCUGUUGUUCAGGAUCAUGGAGAGAUGCCUCCGGUGGGACCACACGUGUUUCAUCCGGGAGGACUUCCACCCCGAGGGGAUCUUCCUCAACCGGGACACCACCUUCCCGUGCUUCACCAGCUCCUUCAAGAUUACCUCCUCUUGUAUAAAAGGAGGCACGUUGGCCACGGUGACCCGAACCGACGGUGUGGCCAGCGGCGCCACCGGCACAUACAGGCCACCGAUGACCACCCCCGACACCACCACCUCGUUCACUUUUUCCACGCUGUCUAAAAACAGCACCACCGCUCCGUUCAUACGGGCAGCGGACCUCACGCAGCCGUCGCCGACCACGUCGCCCACUGCCAGCCCCACCUCCUCCUCCGAGCACGGGAAACUCGGCGCCACUCUAAUGCCGUGUUCCCGCCACUUUAAGAAGCAGAGGAGGCUCAUCCCAGAGAGAACGGUGUGGAAAUACUUUGUCCAGCUCUGCAGCGCCCUCGAACACAUGCACUCCCGGAGAGUCAUGCACAGAGACAUCAAGCCAGCCAACGUCUUCAUCACAGCUACAGGAGUCGUGAAGCUAGGAGAUUUGGGACUGGGUCGAUUCUUCAGCUCCAAAACCACCGCCGCUCACUCACUGGUGGGUACUCCGUACUACAUGUCACCGGAGAGGAUUCAUGAAAACGGAUACAACUUCAAGUCUGACAUCUGGUCGCUCGGAUGCCUGCUGUACGAGAUGGCCGCCCUGCAGAGUCCGUUCUACGGGGACAAGAUGAACCUCUACUCCCUUUGUAAGAAGAUAGAACAGUGCGACUACCCGCCCCUCCCCUCAGACCACUACUCGGAGGAGCUGAGGAACCUGGUGGACAUGUGCAUCAACCCCGACCCCGAGAAGAGGCCGGACAUCACCUACGUCUACGACAUCGCCAAACACAUGCAGAGCCUGACGCAGGGCAGCUAAGAGGCCCUCAUAGCCUCCAAACUCCCCGCCCUCAUAGCCUCCAACGCCCCCCCCCCUCAUAGCCUCCAACGCCCCCCCUCAUAGCCUCCA